GGCAUCAAGGGAUGGGUUUUCCAAUAUAUGACGCAGGUUGGUGGCAGUGUAUAUAAGCAUUGCGAGCAUACAAAUGGCCACAUCUAUUGAGGGAAUUAUUAAAAGCAAUUACCUAACUCUAAUACAAAAUGAAAUCUGUUGUUCCCGUUUUAAUUAUAUUAGCAACUUCUGAAGCCAUAUAUGGUGAGUUGAUAACCAAAGAGAAGGCAACACCCCGACGAUGUCCGUUUUCACCCUCAGUGUUUGGAAAGUGGGCGGUGUCUGAUUCUUAUGAUAAUGACAUGAACACACUAAUUACUAUUAAUUAUUAUUAUGUGUUAGUGCAAUCUCCUGAAUCCGAGAGAUAUUACUUCUGUAAGGAAAUGGACUACUACGAGACUGUUCUGCUUAUAACCCCCGACAGAAAUGAAAUGAUGUGCCUACAAUUUCCCUUUGUUGACGAGAACCCCAUGUUGGUGGUACGAUUAAGUCCUACAAUGAUUAACCAUUGGAAAUUUUUUGAACCUACAAGGAGCCCCUUCCGGUCACCUACAAUCAGGAACACGUGUAAUCGAUACAGUGAUGGAGACGCUGUGUUUCUCAGGAGAAUAUACUAACAUUGUUGAUAUUGUACAUAUUGUACAUAAUAAAAAUAUUUAUUUUUGCUAUAAAAACA